AGUCCUGGUCUCUUCAUACGUCGGCCUUUCCUUCAGAACGGAGCCCUUCUCUUUCGCCUCUGACUCGCUGUGAGUCUGCGUGCGUCGAAUGAGAGUGCACUCAGGCCCCAGCCCCAUGGGGCGCAGUGUGCCGAAGGGUGGCCCCUGUCGUGCUGAGUAGUGUGCCCUAGAGCCUGUGGAUGUGACCUUAUCUGGAAAAUGGGUCUUCUGCUUUGCAGGUGCAGUGAGGAAAGGAUCUCGAGAUGAGAUCAUUCUGGAAUGUGUGAGUGGGCUCAAAUCCCAGGACAGGUCACCUCCCACGAAUAGGAGAGGACACAGACACGGGGCGGGUGUGGGAAGAUGGCACCCGGAGGGACGCCGGCACCAGCCCAGCACCGCCUGGAGCCCUUAGGAGCUGGAAAAGGCAGGAGGGAUCACGCCCUGGAGCCUUUGGAGGGAGGGCGGCCCUGCUGGGAGAGAAUAAAUUCCCAUUGUUCUGAGACCCCCAGCUGGUGAGUUUGUUAGGGCAGCUCCAGGAGGCUACUUGCGUGGGGGAAGUCACGCCUUUUUCUCUCUUCUGGAAUCCUACUCUCACUCUCUGAUUCAGUGCCUCCCGUCCUGGGCGCUGGCAGCCGGGCAGGGUGCGGGGUGAAGCAGGUUUUGGGAUGACGCAGCCAGGGUUGAACCCCGGGCCGGUCACUUGCCAGCGGGCUCGUUCUGAGCCCCCUGCUCCACCUGCCUGAGCUCAGUGCCCGCUCUGUGUCGAGCACUAUGGUGUCACCCCCUUGGGAUUCGCUGUGGGGGACCCAGUGAGACGCCCAGCGCCGGCUACAGGGCCCGGUUCCCAGCAUCGCUCACUCGGUGAGCGCCGGUCCAGCUGUGCGCUCCCGGGCCACAAUCCCGGCUCCCUUGUCACAUCCAUGCCUGCCACUCAGCAGGUCAGACGCUCACUCAACGCCUCUACGCGGAGCCUGCAAAGACCAACAGUCUGCUGGUGACACGGUCAGGGGAUGGAGACCGUUGGAAACCACAUGGAGACAAAGCCCUGGGCGCUGAUCUGGUGUCUGCCAGAUAAGGACUGAUCAGGGGCCAAGCACCUGCUGACUGCCUGGGCCUUUGCACGCACUUGAGUCCACAGCGGGCCCCACAGCCCACUGCGAGCUGCAAGUGGGGCCCAAGAAAUGCCGCUGAACCAGCUGGAGCGAGCCUGAGCCCUGUCCCUGAUGGCUGACAACUAUCUGAUCUUGAAGUCUGGAUUUGGGGCCAUGGAGGGACCGACGGCCGGCAGCCCAGGCCUCACGGAGAAGCCGGUCCCCGCGGCCACCGGCCCCUCUCUUUCCUCGCUGGGCGCUGUCUUCAUCCUCCUGAAAUCCGCGCUGGGGGCCGGCCUGCUCAACUUCCCCUGGGCCUUCCACAAGGCGGGUGGGGUGACCCCCGCCUUCCUGGUGGAGCUGGUCUCCUUGGUCUUUCUCAUCAGCGGGCUGGUCAUCCUGGGCUAUGCUGCCUCUGUCAGCGGCCAGAUGACCUACCAGGGUGUGGUUGGAGAGCUGUGUGGCCCGGCCCUGGGGAAGCUGUGUGAGGCCUGCUUCAUCGUCAACCUGCUCAUGAUCUCCGUGGCCUUCCUCAGAGUGAUUGGGGACCAGCUGGAGAAGCUGUGUGGCUUCCUGCUGCCCAGCGCCCCCCCGGCCCCGCAGCCGUGGUGCGUGGACCAGCGCCUCACCCUGACCCUGCUCUCUGCGCUGGUCAUCCUGCCCCUGUCCGUCCCGCGCGAGAUUGGGUUCCAGAAGUACACCAGCAUCCUAGGCACCCUGGCCGCCUGCUACCUGGCCCUGGUCAUCGUGGUGCAGUACUAUACCGGGCCCCAUGGCCUUGCUCGUGAGCCCCGCCCCGCACAGAGCCCCUCCUCCUGGACCUCCAUGUUUAGUGUCUUCCCUACGAUCUGCUUCGGGUUCCAGUGUCACGAAGCCGGGGUGUCCGUUUACUGCAGUAUGACCCAUCGGAGCCUCUCCCAUUGGGCCCUGGUCUCCGUGCUGUCCCUCCUGGCCUGCUGCCUCGUCUACUCGGUGACAGGGGUUUACGGCUUCCUGACCUUUGGGGCCGAAGUUUCUGCGGACAUCUUGAUGUCUUACCCAGGCGACGACGUGGUCAUCAUCGUGGCCCGGGCCCUCUUUGGAGUAUCCAUCGUGACCGUCUACCCCAUUGUGCUCUUCCUGGGGAGGUCGGUGAUGCAGGAUUUCUGGAGGAGGAGCUGGUGCCUGGCGUGUGGGCCCGGGGCCCUGGCGGAGCCCUCGGGGCCGUGGGUCCGGGUGCCGCUGACCGUCUUGUGGGUCGCCGUGACGCUGGCCAUGGCCCUGCUCCUGCCCGACCUCAGCGAGAUCAUCGGCAUCAUUGGCGGGAUCAGCUCCUUCUUUAUCUUCAUUUUCCCGGGUCUGUGCCUCAUCUGUGCCGUUAACGUCCAGCCUGUUGCUGCACGCGUCAGGUGCUGUUUGGAGGCGUGGGGAGUGGUCUCCGUGCUCGUGGGCACCUUCAUCUUCGGGCAGAGCACAGUGGCAGCCGCCUUGGAACUCCUCUGAGCGGGAGGGGGUCGGCCCGGCCCCCAUGGCUGCCCUGGUGCGGCUGCCUGCGUCCAGCUGUGCGACCCGUGUCCUUGCCUCAUAAAGAUGCUGGAGAAAUGGA